AUGCGGCAUAACCGCGAAAAAAGCCCACCCUGGCCGGGGUCCCAGGUAUUUGAGAGGCUCGUGUGCUGGCCCAGACACCUCGACCCGUGUCUGACCUCCCCCCCAGCAUCGCUACUUGGGCUUUGGUCCGCAUUUGCAGCGGCCGAAUCCAUCAAACUUCUUGUUGCCUGCCUGGACGCAGACUUCGUACCUUCGUUGUCGCCUUGUCGGCUUUGUUUUCAACAUGCGAUAAUCUCGCUGCCCUUCGCCUUGUCGAAAGCUCCUUUGAGGUCAGCCGGUCACUGCAGGAGUCCCGAGACGAGCCUCGCUUUCGGUCGCCGAUCCGCAACCCCUCCACCCCUUCCAUCAUCGCCAGCAUUCGCCACGCCUGAACGCGCCCUCCUAAUGCUCAAAAUGUCCGGCAGCCACAUCAUCGGAAACCGCAACAGCACGCCCGAGGCGGGCGGCGCCUCGUCGCUGCGGCCUCCGUCGUCGCGGGCCAUCGGCUCGGGCAGUUCGCUGCGCGCUUCUGCCGACAUGGCUGCCCUCACCGGAUCCUCGCCGUCGAGCCGCAUCCGUCCGUCGUCCGACUUCUACGGUCAAUCUCAGCAGGGGCAUGGCCAAGCCGGCCUCGAGAGCGACUCGCAGGACAAGAUUGCCCAGCAGUGGAUCGCCGACAUUGAUCAGUAUGAGACUACGUUGGAGGAGAUGGCUGCCGCCACUCUGGACCAGGACUUCAAGGACGAGCUUAGUGCUAUUGAGCAGUGGUUUCGCGUCCUCAGUGAGGCCGAGCGCACGGCUGCCCUUUACGCCUUGCUCCAACAAACGACCCAGGUCCAGAUCCGGUUCUUCAUACAGGUUCUUCAGCAGAUGGGCAAGAAUCACCCCAUGUCCGGGGUUCUCUCUCCCGCAAACUUUGACAAAGGUCCGUUGCGGCUCGGUGGGCAGCCAGGCUCGAUCUGUUCUGCUGACGCUUUCGCAGAUCCCAUGUCCAACCGUCUGAGCGACGCCAUGAACAAGCUAAACGUGGACUCGACACGCAACUCCUACGCGCGCAACUCUGCCAUGGGAUCCACGGCCAAACGCCACUCUGGCCUGGACCCUUCAACCAUCAAUGCCAUGUUCCCCGACGCUGCUGCAGCCAUCGCAACCGAAAAGGCAAAGUUCACUCAGCAGACCGGCAACCCUCCUGCGUCCAAUCGUAACAGCGCCGCCAUUGAUCCUCGCUCGUCCAUGGCAGGCCCAGGCAUCUCGAGCUCUCAGGAGCAACGUGAGGCCGGCAUCGGCAACACCGCGUCGCUUUGGGGAUCCGGGUCUGGCGACCAAGGCAGCAGUGCCAAGGUCUCAGCGUCACAGACACCCAUGGGCCAGUUUGUUCAGCCCCCUCCUUCUGGGGGCCUCCGGUCCCCUCGGCCGCAGAUGGGCGGGGGUUCUGCCAUCCAGCAGACAACCUUGACAGCGCCUGACAAGAACCCCGCCGACCUGCCGCUGCUGUCUCCGUACAAUGCCAGUAGCGGCAACUGGGCUUCGAUGGUCAACACUCCCAUGGCGCCGACCUUCAACACUGGCUCCGCUGCUGGAACUCAGGCCGACAUGGUUGCCAACGCGACUGCGAUGAAACUCGCCGCCCUGUCCACUGUGAACAACCGCUUCGCACUCGACGACGUCCGCAAGUACCGCCGCGCUCGCUCCAACGACGCGCCAGGCCACAGCCAGAUGUCGCCUCCUACGCAAAGCAUUAAUCUCCCCGGUACUAAUGUUGUUAUGAUUAACGAGCACGGACAAGUGUUGAGCCGCGAACAAGUUCUGGCCAUGCAGGCACAGCAAGGGCUCGGCAUGGGUGGCCAGAGGUCGCGCCCAAGCUCUCCCGGCAUCGCGAUGCAGCCUGGCCUUGGCUCGAUGGCACACUUCACCUCGCCCCAGCACAAUGGCUUUCUGAGUGCCUACGACGGCUCUUCAGGACUGUUGAACAGCGGCAUGCCGUCGGUGAACCUCGGCCAACUGGGAAUACCGGGCCAUGAGGGAUACUUGUCGGACCACUCUGACAUGGUUCGCGGGCGAUCUCCUAGAGGUCGUAGAGGCAGUUCCAAGCCACCCGAGGAUCCGACUGAUCCGACUUUGCUUCAAGACAUUCCGAGCUGGCUGCGCAGCCUCCGACUGCACAAGUACACGGACAAUUUGAAGGAUAUGAAAUGGACCGAGCUUGUGGAGCUCGACGACAAGGCGCUUGAAGACCGCGGCGUCAACGCGCUUGGCGCCAGGAGGAAGAUGCUCAAGGUUUUUGAAGGCAAAGGCAGAUGGCAAGCUGGGCUAGAGCGACCCCAGCGUCGAGGUGACAUCCUCUCCAAGUUUGUGCUUUGCAAAGGUGGUCCUGUCUCUACAACGCCUCACGCUCCUUUUGAGUGUAGCCUGGAUUGGCAAUGCUCGACUAUCCUCGCUCGAUCAAGUCAGGGGAGUCGAUCCACGUCAAUUGCUGGUGCCUGGCACGGCUGCGAGGCCGGCCCAGGGGCCGCGCGUGCGCACUGGGACCUCGUGCGUAUGAAAUUUGAGAAGCUCGAGUGUCGAGUCGUAGUACAACCUGGAUCGCAAGGGCCGCACGCUCCAGCGUCAGUUCGGCUGACUCAGCGGUUGCCCUCCACUGUAUUUACACUGGGCACGCGCCACAGUGAGUGCUGCCUCGAGCCGCUUCAACUUACUCGGAGCAUUCCUGGUCGUCCUAGGUCUGGCCAAAAUGGUCACAGCAAAGAUACACAAAAGUACUCUUCGGGCGCUCAUACUACAAUCUGUUUGAGCGCAGGCAAGGGCAGGCUUUCACCUCACUGGAUGCUGCUCGCGCAGCAUCAGUGUUUGCUCAGGUUCAGCCCACUAUCGAGACUCAGUUGA